AUGCCGGGUUCCUACAACUUCCACCACGCGGGUACAACACCUCAUAAUGGGCCGUAUUAUGUUGAAGUAAAUGGACUUCAUGGAUUCUCAUUAGCAGAUCUUCGUGGAGGGGUAUACCGGCCAGUUCUUCCAAAUGACGAGAGGUUCACGUCUCUUGCCAUAGCUAUCAAUAUUGGGCUCGAGAUGUUAGAGUCACUGGCUGGUAGAAUGGCUCUUAGCGGACUCGGUCGUGCUCUCGUGUAUGCCCGUGCUCAGACACCAGAUGGGAGAUUAUUAUUAUAUACCCGCUGUGCCGCCUAUGCAGCGCGGUCCUUCUACCUGUAUAGCUAUGAGUAAAACCGUACGAUAGCCGGAUAAAAACCCUAUAUAACCUUUAACUACUACUUCGCUCCUU